UUCCUACUCUCACUUCUUUUGAGUUACUUCAUCAAAUGAAGUUGCUUUUUACAUUUUCUUGACAAUUAGUAACCACAAAAAAUAGGGGAAUUACAUACUUGUGUUAAUUAGUUAUCCUAAAACCCAUUGUGUAGAGGUAUUUGCAACUUUUUAUCUUUUUAAUCAGUAUAGUAUUAGAUGCGGAAUGUGAUUGUGACAAGGUAAGUGCUCAAGCUUUCUUCAUUACGGGUCGUUUGGUUCAAAUACAACAAGUUAUUCAGUUACUGAACCAGAACUUGCCUCAUGAUGCUCAUACGGACGGUGACAUCUUGUUGAUGCUUGAUCUUCCAGAAAAUGACAAGUUCUUCAAUAAAAAGAAGAAACUGCUGGAAGGCAUGGGUUGUCAUGCAAAACAUGUAUCCAUACAGAGCUCUGCAAGUCCUGGUGAAUUGAAGUCUUCUUUACUUUUGAUGCUUCAGAGAGCUAGAAUCAUAAACUUAGAUGAGCUGGAACUUUACUUUGGUGGAGAAGAUGUCACAGAUAUGGUAGGAUUUAAUAGUCCAAGGAAUGAAAUGGAAGCUUUGAAUUCAAUUCUUACUGCCAUUGCUAAGUUAGAUGGCGAACAUUGUUCAACAACCGCAUUGCAAGAAUUACGAGUUGCAGCUGUCAACUUGAUUUCUGAGUUGGGAGAGAAAUUCAAAGAGGAGAGAAAAGUUGUUACUCAAUCUAGGUGUGAGCAAGAGAAAUGUUUACAACAGUGGGGCGAAGACCGAGGUGUGAAGUCACAAUUGGAGAUAUCUUACUUUGAAGGAGCUGGAAGAGGAGCUGUUGCAAGACAAGAUAUGAGAAUUGGAGACAUUGCCUUGGAGAUCCCUUUAUCCAUUGUCAUUUCAGAGAAUCUUGUGCAUGAAUAUGACAUGUAUUCCAUUUUGGAGAAGGUCAAGGGCAUGUCAGCAGAAACAAUGUUACUGUUGUGGAGCAUGAAGGAGAAGCACAACCCUGAUUCCAAGUUUAAGUUAUACUUUGAUACACUGCCGGAGGUAUUUAAUACAGGUUUGAGUUUUGGAAUGGAAGCUAUAAUGGCUUUAGAUGGAACCUUGCUGCUAGAAGAGAUUGUCCAAGCAAAAGAGCACUUGCGUGCUCAAUAUGAUGAAUUAUUUCCAUCCCUAUGCAAUGAUCACCCAGAUGUAUUUCCUCCGGAGCAGUACAGAUGGGAGCAGUUCUUAUGGUCUUGUGAACUUUGGUACUCUAAUAGCAUGAAAAUUUUGUUUAGUGAUGGAAAACUAAGGACCUGCUUGAUUCCAGUUGCAGGGUUUCUUAAUCAUUCAACUUGUCCACACAUAAUGCACUAUGGAAAAGUAGAUUCCACGACAAAUUCUAUAAAAUUUCCUUUGUCAAGGUCGUGCAAUGCAGGAGAACAAUGUUCUCUUGGCUAUGGGAGCUUCUCUAGUUCUCAUCUACUGACCUUCUAUGGUUUUCUACCACAACUAGAUAACUACUAUGAUGUGAUUCCGCUAGAUAUUGACGUUGCAAGUAAUGAAGAUUGUGCAGACACAGACCCUACAUCUGAUUGGACAUCCCAUAUGGUACGGGGCACCUGGUUCUCAGAGAAUCACAGCAUCUUCCAUUAUGGGUUACCACCUCCUCUGCUGGAUCGUAUGCGUAGAUCUCGGAAUCCGUUCUUGCAGUCAAUGACCCUUACACCAGAGAACUUGGAAAUUGAACUCGAAAUACUUAGAGACCUUUGUUCUCUGUUCGAAGAUAUGAGGGAUGGACUAGGAGAUCCUGAAUUUGAUAACAGGGAGACCACAAGUUGGGAUGUAAAGCUUGCAGUGGAUUUCAAGGACUUACAAAGGAGGAUUUUCUCCUCCAUAGUUGCUUCGUGUCAGGCAGGGUGUGAGUUGGUAGAAUGUGAACUGCAAAGAUACACAUUGUAGUGUAGCAACCGGAAGGUAACUACGCUGCUGAAGCUCAUGAGCUCUGCCCCACAGGUUGGAUUGGAAGCUCAAGUAAAAGGUGACAGUAACCUUUCUGUUUUACCAAUGGAACAAGACUAAUGGUUUUCCCUAGGAAAAUUAGGCAAGUGGUUAGUAACCAUCUUUUCUCAUUACCAGCUGGUUAAAUUUUAGCUGUUCAUUGUCUUAAUAUUUAAGUGGCAGAACGGGUGGAAACACUCUUAUCCUCCCACAAUUCUCAGAAAUUUACUACUAUCCUAGCGAGAUUCCUAGUUUGUUCAUACACUCUAUUUGGAAGGUUGGAACACUUGUGAUAGCGAAAAAUGUAUCUCAAACAGGCA